AUGAUACAUUUCAAAACAGUUAACACUUUUCUUUCUCUCUCUCUUUCUUUCUUUCUUUCUAAUGAUCUUUCUUUCUUCCUUCCUUUCUUUCUUUCAUUCUUUCUUUCUAAUGAUCUUUCUUUCUUUCUUUCUUUCUUUAUUAUGUUCUUUCUGUCUUUUAUAAAUUAUAAUUUUUGUCUUUCUAAUGAUUUUUUACUUCUUUUCAACAAAUCUUUCCUUUUAUUUUCUUUUCUCUCUUCUCUCUUUCUUUCUUCCGUUUCCUUCUCUCUUCAAAUUUUUCUUUCUUCCGUUAUUCAUUUAUAUUUAUAUUUUCUUUUCUAUAUUUUUUUACUUACGAAUCAUGUUUCUUUUCUUAUCUUUUCUUUCUUUCUUUAUUUCUUUCUUUCUUUCUUUCUUCAUUUAUUUUUAUUUCCUUCUUUUCUUUUUCCCUCCCUCCUUCGCUCCCUUCCUUCCUUCCUUCCUUCCUUCCUUCCUUCCUUCCUUCCCUCACUCUCUUCUUUGAUUCCUUCCUGCCUGCCUUCCUUCCUUCCCUUCCUUCCUUCACUUCCUUCCUUCAUUUCUUCCUUCUUUCCUUCCUUCCACCGCUUCCUUCCUUCCUCCCUUCCUUCCUUUCCUUACCUUUCCUUCCUUCCUGCCUAUCCUUCCUUCCUUCCUUCCUUCCUUCCCUCACUCUCUUCUUUGAUUCUUUCCUGCCUUCCUUCCUUCAUUCCUUCCUUCCUUUCCUUACCUUUCUUUCCUUCCUUUUCUUUCUUCCUUUCCUUCCUUCAUUCCUUCCUUUCUUCAUUACUUCAUUCCUCCCUUCCUUGCUCCAUUCCUUUCCUUCCUUCUUUCCUGACUUCCUCCAUCCCUCCUCACUUCCUUGAUCCCUCCCUCCCUUCCUUCCUUGUUUCCUCCCUUCCUUUGUUUACUUCAUUUCUCCCUUCUUUCCUUCCUUCCACCUUAGCUUCCUUCCUUCAUUACUUCCUUCCUUUCCUUACGUUUCCUUCCUUGCUUGCUUCAUUCCUGCCUUUUUUUCUUCCUUCCUUCCUUCCUUCCGUCCGUUCUUCUUUUCUUUUUUCCUCCUUCACUUCCUUCCUUCCUUUCAUUUCCUUCCUUCCUUUCCUUUUCUUCCUUCCACCUUCUCUUCCUUCAUUCCUUCUUUUCCUUCCCUUUCCUUUUUUCCUUGGUUCUUUCCUUCCUUCCUUCACUUUCCUUCCUCCUUCGCUUCCUUCCUUCAUUCUUUCCUUUCCUUUCAUCCCUUCCUUCCUUCUUUACUUCCUUCGUUCAUUUCUUCCUUUCCUUCCUUCUUUCUUCUCCUCCUCCCUUUCUUUCUUCUUUCCUCCUCUUCUUCCUUCCUUCAUUCCUUCCUUUCUUUCUUUUUUCUUUAUUUCCUUCCUUCCUUCCUUUCUCCUUUCCUUCCUCGCUCCUUCCUUCCUGUCCUUCCUUCUCUCCAUCCCGCCCUCCCGUCCUCCCAUCCAUCCUUCCAUUCGUUUCCCAUGUGUUCUUUUUAAAACGCCAAUAUAG